UGGGCCGACAAUAGAAUUAAUGAAAGUAGAGGUAAAUUUUAUGCAAAUUAUAAAAAGUAGAGGCUCAUUUUUGAAAUAGAAUUACUAUAUAAGCACUAUUUAGGGUUUUUCGAGGGUCUCUGCAGCUAGUGUGAGUCGCCGCGCGAGUGAAGGAGGAUAAGAUGUCUCACAGGAAGUUUGAGCACCCUAGACAUGGGUCCCUUGGGUUCCUUCCAAGGAAGCGAGCUUCUCGUCACAGGGGAAAAGUGAAGGCUUUCCCCAAGGAUGACCCUACCAAGCCAUGCAAGCUUACUGCCUUUUUGGGUUAUAAGGCUGGCAUGACACACAUUGUUAGGGAGGUCGAGAAACCUGGGUCAAAGCUUCACAAGAAGGAGACCUGCGAGGCUGUUACCAUAGUUGAGACACCUCCAAUGGUCAUUGUUGGAGUUGUGGGUUAUGUGAAGACACCACGUGGUCUUCGCACUCUGAACACUGUCUGGGCUCAGCAUCUUAGUGAGGAGGUGAGAAGGAGAUUCUAUAAGAACUGGUGCAAGUCCAAGAAGAAGGCUUUCACAAAGUACUCUAAACAGUACGAGACUGACGAUGGGAAGAAAAGUAUCCAAGCCCAGCUUGAGAAGAUAAAGAAAUAUGCACAUGUUGUUCGUGUUUUGGCCCACACUCAGAUCAGGAAAAUGAAGGGAUUGAAGCAGAAGAAAGCUCAUCUGAUGGAGAUCCAGGUCAAUGGUGGCACUAUUGCUCAGAAGGUGGACUUUGCCUAUGGCUUUUUUGAGAAGCAAAUCCCAAUUGAUGCUGUUUUCCAGAAGGAUGAAAUGAUUGACAUCAUUGGGGUCACCAAGGGUAAAGGUUAUGAAGGUGUUGUCACUCGUUGGGGUGUUACCCGUCUUCCUCGCAAGACCCACAGGGGUCUCCGCAAGGUGGCCUGUAUUGGUGCCUGGCAUCCUGCAAGAGUCUCAUUUACUGUUGCCAGGGCUGGACAAAAUGGAUAUCACCAUCGUACUGAAAUGAACAAGAAAAUUUACAAGCUUGGCAAAGCUGGCCAAGAAUCCCACACUGCAAUAACUGAGUAUGACAGGACUGAGAAAGAUAUCACUCCAAUGGGUGGUUUCCCUCACUAUGGUGUGGUGAAGGAUGACUAUAUCAUGAUCAAGGGAUGCUGUGUUGGACCUAAGAAGAGGGUGGUUACACUUCGCCGGUCUCUGCUCACCCAAACAUCUCGUGUUGCUCUUGAGGAAAUUAAACUCAAGUUCAUUGACACCUCAUCAAAGUUUGGACAUGGCCGCUUCCAGACAACACAGGAGAAACAGAAGUUCUUUGGACGUCUGAAGGCAUAAUUAUGCAUAUCAAUAUCAGAUUUCAGUUAUCAUAGUAAAAUUAGUUGUUUAUGAUUAUUAUGCAAUUUUUGCUUAAGACAACUAUGAGCUGGUUCUUCAGUUUGAAUAUUUGAAGUGUUAGUUGAUUUGUGUUGAAUGUUUUGAUUCAGUGGAAUUACUUUCAAUUUUGAGUUGCCAUAAUAUAUGAUUUUUGAACUUU